GGGAGGCGGGGCCAGAGCUGCCGCCAGGGGCGGGGCGGCGCGGGCCGGCCGGCCGGGCUGUGCACCUGCGCCUCGGCGGGCCGCCUGGGGCACCGACCCGGCCCGCCCGGCCCCGCCAUGGCCAGGCCGCAGAGGACUCCGGCGCGCAGUCCGGACAGCAUCGUCGAGGUGAAGAGCAAAUUUGACGCGGAGUUCCGACGCUUCGCUCUGCCUCGCGCUUCCGUGAACGGCUUCCAAGAGUUCUCCCGGUUGCUGCGUGCAGUGCACCAGAUCCCAGGCUUGGACGUGCUGCUUGGUUAUACAGACGCUCACGGGGACCUCCUGCCCCUCACCAACGACGACAGCCUGCACCGUGCCCUGGCCAGUGGACCCCCACCGCUGCGCCUGCUGGUGCAGAAGCGGGCAGAAGCUGAUGCCAGCGGCCUGGCCUUUGCCUCCAAUUCUCUGCAGCGGCGUAAGAAAGGGCUCCUGCUUCGGCCAGUAGCUCCCCUGCGCACCAGGCCACCCCUACUCAUUAGCCUGCCCCAAGAUUUCCGCCAGGUUUCUUCUGUCAUAGACGUGGACCUACUGCCUGAGACCCACCGCCGGGUUCGACUACACAAGCACGGAUCCGACCGCCCUCUGGGCUUCUACAUUCGGGAUGGGAUGAGUGUGCGCGUGGCCCCCCAGGGCCUGGAGCGGGUUCCGGGCAUCUUCAUUUCCCGCUUGGUCCGAGGGGGCCUGGCUGAGAGCACGGGGCUGCUGGCAGUCAGUGAUGAAAUUCUUGAGGUCAAUGGCAUUGAGGUGGCUGGGAAGACCUUGGACCAGGUGACUGACAUGAUGAUAGCCAACAGCCACAACCUCAUUGUCACCGUCAAGCCAGCCAACCAGCGCAACAAUGUGGUGCGGGGACCCUCCGGGCGUCUGCCAGGACCUCCCCCUGUGGGGCCUGGGCCUGUUGAGCCCGACAGUGAUGAGGACAGCAGUGACCUGGUCAUUGAGAGCGGCCAGCUUCCCUGUUCCAAUGGGCUGUCUCAGGGGUCUUCGUGUUGGGACCUGCGCCCAGGCCGCCUACAUCCUGGUGCCCGCAGCUCUCUGCCCUCCCUGGAUGAUCAGGAGCAGACCCACUCUGGCUGGAGCAGUAGCAUGCGAGGUGAUGGUAGCGGUUUCAGCCUGUGACAGCGCUCCAGGCUGCUGGGACACGGAGUGACACCCCACUCUGACAGGACCGGAACACGCCCUCUGUAGCCAGUGGGUGAUCCUCCAAGAAGGAGGCCCCUAGGGAAGUUCCAUAGGAGGGCUCAGGCAUCCAUCUUCACAAAAACUUUG